UAUUUCCUAAAAACAGCAUAUCUGCAGGAAACACAUUGCAUUCGCGUUUGGCUUAGGUUUAGGGGUUUUGGUUGAUUUUUCAAGUUUCAAGUUCAUUACUGCUCUGAUGGAUUUCCCGAACCGACGCGUAUUCCCGCCGGCGUUCAUUCCCGACCAUCUCAUCGCCGAAAUCCUAUCCUUCCUCUCCGUCAAAACCAUCCUCCGACUCAAAUGCGUUAGCAAGUCAUGGUACACUCUCAUCUCUCAUCCAACCUUCGUUCAAAACCACCUCAACAAAUCCUCACGAAAUCCUAACUUCACACUAACGCUUGACGAUGGUUACACCUUCAUUCCCUUUCGUCACUUACUCGAAAAUCCAUCCAUCGCCGUUAAAAGCGACGCUUUUCUCCAAAAUCCAUCCCUAGCCGCUCUCAACGAUACUUCACUCCAAAAUCAAUUCCUCGACAUUUUACCCCAUUUCAAUGAUUUCAAGAUCGUUGAUUCAUGCAACGGUUUGAUUUUAUUAUGUUCCAAAUCUCGCUCUAUAAGAUUAGGGUAUGAGUACCGAUUCUAUAUCUGGAACCCUGCCACGAGAAUCAUAUAUGAUAAAUUAGGGUCGCUUUAUUAUUGCGCUCCCAAUUUUCAAGAUCAUCAUCUAGGUUUUAAGUUCGCAUUUGGUUUUGAUGAUACAACGGAAAGAUAUAAGGUUGUAGCGUAUCGUGUUGUUGAAGAUGAUAAUGAGGACACAACUUUAGGGAAAAGUGAGGUUAAAGUUUUCAGUUUGGGUGAUAGUUGUUGGAGAAAUAUUCUUAGUUUUCCUGUGAUUCCUCUUAAUUGGAUCAAUCUUCGUUAUGCUUAUCAUAAUGAUGCUGUGCAUUUGAGUGGUACUAUUAACUGGUUGGCUGUUAAGAGCUAUUUCCAUACUUUUUAUGAAUACAAGUAUAUUACUCACGUUGAGCAAUUUGUGAUUGUUUCUCUUGAUCUUUCGACGGAGACAUACAAGCAGUUGCUGCUGCCUCCAGGUUUUGAUAAGGUGCCGUCUGUUCAGCCGGUUAUUAGGGUUUUGAUGGACUGUCUUUGUUUUUCCCAUGAUUUCAAGAAUAGCGAAUUUGUUUUAUGGCAGAUGAAGGAGUAUGGAGUUCAAGAGUCGUGGACUCAACUGUUUAAGAUUGAUUACCAAAAUCUUCAAUUGAAUCGGUUAUUCAAUUUUCGAUUGGUGUGCCUUUAUAUAAAUGGUGAUGAAGUUAUAAUUUUGAAUGGGUUUAACAACCAGGCGGUGGUCUAUAAUUUGAAAAAUGAAAUAGUACAGAGAAUUAAACUUAAAAUCUAUAAUUUGAAAAAUUUGGUAGUAACGAGAUUUGAUAAUAACAACAACCGGUUCACUCAUGCAAAGUAUUACGUCGAAAGCUUGGUUUCAGUUUCUUGAAAAUCUGCAACUGCAACAACUCCAUACACAUUCAGCAAUAUUGAUGGUACUUGGAAGUAUGAGACAACAAUCAGUUACAAAGAAGAGAGAGGAAAUGAAUGAGAAAAUCAACAAUCAGUUACAAAGAAGAGGAAAGAGGAAAUGAAUGAGAAAAUCAGUUAGAUUAACUUAAUAGAUCUAAACAUAGGAAUUAGGAAAUGGUAAUUUACAUUUUUUCAUUUUAUUGGAUGCUAUUUGAGCAUCUGAUCUUUGUUACGGUGAUGUUUUACUGAUGUUUUCCUAUUUUAGAGGUUUCUAUUUUAGAGGUAAUUUUAUGAUUUUGUGACUGUUUUCACUUCUCUCCCGUUGUUUGUGUAUAUACAUUUAAAUUGCAGGUAACGGGUUUAGUAAUGUUACAGUAGUCUGAGAUCAUGGUAACAAAAUGGUUAUGGAGCUAAUUCCAAUUCCUAGUAGUAA